ACAACAAUUUAAAAAUAUUUAUACAUUCAUAGUAAAUAAAAACACGAAGUUGGCUGAUUCAAGUCCAACAAAAAACCAUUUUAAAACACAAAGUACCAAUCAAAAACUCAUUAAAGACGGAUCCUUCUCAGCUAACUUCAUUUCCUCUUUAAUUCUCAUCUCAUCUCCCUUAUAAACUCAUCAUCGGAUCUUAAGGACACAAGAAGAAUGGGUGGGAUGAGUAUGUCUUGUUGUGGUGGUGGUGGUGGUGGUGGCGAUGAUGGUUCAAGUCUAUUAACACAUCUCGUCUUAAUUAUUGUCAUUUGUCUCUCUGUCAUGGCCGUUUGCACCUCCAACGAACGCCGUACAGCCGUCCGUGUCGUCCGGUGCCGUUGACCGACCGGUAUAAAUCAUCUAUAUAUCAGAUCACAUCUCUACAAAAGAUUUCUUCGGAUUCUCUUUAUAUAUGUAUGUAUGUGUUGGUUCUUAAUUAGUGAUGAUGAAUUACGGUAUAUGGUUUUUGUCU